GGGAGACGCCCGAGGGACCAGCCAGACUCUGGAGACCAGAGAGGCGCCUGGCCUGCGGAGAGCAGGGGCUCGGGGCACGCGGGGGCACGUGGGAAUUUCUUUGCACUUGCGGGCAGCGCGCCCUUGGCUGGGCUCAUGGCCGGGAUUUGGAGCCGCUAUCCUUGGAGGGUCCCGGGGACUUGCUACUUUGUUGGCUCUUUGCUUCUGGGACUGCUCUUCCAACGGACUGUUGCCUUCAAUCUGGAUGUGAUGGGCGCCCUGCGCAAGGAAGGCGAGCCCGACAGUCUGUUCGGCUUCUCCGUGGCCCUGCACCAACAACUGCAACCCCGACCCCAGAGUUGGCUGCUGGUGGGUGCCCCCCAGGCCCUGGCCCUCCCUGGGCAGCAGGCGAACCGCACCGGAGGCCUCUUUGCCUGCCCUCUGAGCCUGGAGGAAACAGACUGCUACCGAGUGGACAUCGACCGUGGAGCUGAUGUGCGCAAGGAGAGCAAGGAGAACCAGUGGCUGGGAGUCAGCGUUCGGAGCCAGGGGCCUGGGGGCAAGAUUGUCACCUGUGCACAUCGAUAUGAAUCAAGGCAGCGCGUGGACCAGAUCCUGGAGACACGGGACGUGAUUGGUCGCUGCUUUGUGCUAAGCCAGGACCUGGCCAUUCGUGAUGAGUUGGAUGGUGGGGAGUGGAAAUUCUGCGAGGGACGUCCCCAAGGCCACGAACAGUUUGGGUUCUGCCAGCAGGGCACAGCCGCUGCCUUCUCUCCUGACAGCCACUACCUCCUCUUUGGGGCACCGGGAACCUUUAACUGGAAGGGCACGGCCAGGGUGCAGCUCUGUGUGCAGGGCUCGGCGGACCUGGCAUACCUGGACGACGGGCCCUACGAGGCAGGGGGGGAGAAGGAGCAAGACCCCAGCCUCAUCCCGGUCCCUGCCAACAGCUACUUUGGUUUCUCCAUUGACUCAGGGAAGGGGCUGAUGCGUGCUGAGGAGCUGAGCUUUGUGGCAGGAGCCCCCCGUGCCAACCACAAGGGUGCCGUGGUCAUCCUGCGCAAGGACAGUGCUAGUCGCUUGGUGCCUGAAGUCCUGCUGACAGGGGAACGCCUGACUUCUGGCUUUGGCUACUCACUGGCUGUGGCCGAUCUCAACAGUGAUGGCUGGCCAGACCUGAUAGUGGGUGCCCCCUACUUCUAUGAGCGCCAAGAAGAGCUGGGAGGAGCUGUGUACGUGUACCUGAACCAGGGCGGUCACUGGGCUGAUGUCCCCUCACUCCGACUCUGUGGCUCCCCUGACUCCAUGUUCGGGAUCAGCUUGGCUGUCCUUGGAGACCUGAACCAGGAUGGCUUCCCAGAUAUCGCCGUGGGUGCCCCCUUUGAUGGUGCCGGCAAGGUCUUUAUUUACCAUGGGAGCAGCCUGGGGCUUGUGGUUAAUGCUUCGCAGGUGCUGGAGGGCGAGGCUGUGGGCCUCCGGAGGAGCUUCGGCUACUCCCUGUCCGGCGGCCUGGAUGUAGAUGGGAACCACUACCCCGACCUCCUGGUGGGCUCCCUGGUCGACACUGCGGUGCUCUUCCGGGCCAGACCUGUCCUGCAUGUCUCCCAUGAGGUCCUCAUUGCCCCUGAAGCCAUCGACCUGGAACAGCCCAACUGUGCCGGGGGCCAGUCUGUCUGUGUGGAGCUGAGAAUCUGUUUCAGCUACAUGGCCGCCCCCGACAGCUACAGCCCUGCCGUAGCCCUGGAGUACAUGUUAGAUGGUGACACGGACCGGAGGCUCCGUGGCCAGGUUCCUCGGGUGACCUUCCUGAACCGCAGCCCGGAUGACCCCAAGCACCAGGCGUCAGGCACCGUGUGGCUGCGGCAUCAACGGGACCGUGUCUGCAAAGACAACAUGUUGCAGCUGCAGGACAACGUCAAAGACAAACUUCGGGCCAUUGUGGUGACCUUAGCCUACAGUCUCCAGACUCCGCGGCUGCGGCGGCAGGUUCCUGGUCGGGGGCUACCCCCAGUGGCACCCAUCCUUAAUGCCCACCAGCCCAGCACUCAGAGGUCAGAGAUCAACUUCCUGAAGCAAGGCUGUGGUGAAGACAAGAUCUGCCAGAGCAACCUGCAGCUGGUGCAUGCCCGCUUCUGCGUCCGGGUCAGCGACACUGAGUGCCAGCCUCUGCCCAUGGAUGCCGAUGGAACGACAGCCCUGUUUGCCAUGAGCGGGCAGCCGGUCAUUGGCCUGGAGCUCACGGUCACCAACCUGCCCUCGGACCCAGCCCAGCCCCAGGCUGAUGGUGACGAUGCCCAUGAAGCCCAGCUCCUGGUCACCCUCCCUGCGUCUCUGCGCUACUCGGGAGUCCGUGCCCAUGAUCCUGUGGAGAAGCCACUCUGUCUGUCCAAUGAGAAUGCGUCCCAUGUUGAGUGCGAGCUGGGGAAUCCCAUGAAGAGAGGGGCUCAGGUCACUUUCUACCUUAUCCUCAGCACCUCAGCCAUCACGAUUGAGACCACGGAGCUGGAGGUGGAGCUGCUGUUGGCCACGAUCAGCAAGCAGGAGCUACACCCCACGUUUGCUCGAGCUCGUGUCUUCAUUGAGCUGCCGCUGUCCAUUGCAGGGGCGGCCAUUCCCCAGCAACUCUUUUUCUCUGGUGUGGUGAGGGGUGAAAGUGCCAUGCGGUUUGAACAGGAUGUGGGGAGUGAGGUCAAGUAUGAGGUCACGGUCUCCAACCAAGGCCAGUCACUCAACACGCUGGGCUCUGCCUUCCUCAACAUUAUGUGGCCUCAUGAGAUCGCCAAUGGGAAGUGGCUGCUGUACCCCAUGAGAGUGGAGCUCGAGGGCGGGCAGGGGCCUGGGCAGAAAGGGCUUUGUUCUCCCAGGCCCAACAUCCUUGGCCUGAAAGCAGGUGGCAGGGGUAGGAGGCGGCGGGAGUUGGAGCCGCCAGUGCCACAGGAGCCUCAAGAGCAGCUAGAGCCCAGCACAUCCUGGUGGCCAGUGGCUUCCCUAGAGAAGAAGAAAAACAUCACUCUGGACUGUGCCCGGGGCACGGCCAACUGCCUGGUGUUCAGGUGCCCACUCUACAGCUUUGACCGAGCUGCUGUGCUGCAUGUCUGGGGCCGCCUGUGGAACAGCACCUUUCUGGAGGAGUACUCAGCUGUGAAGUCCUUGGAAGUGAUUGUCCGUGCCAACAUCACAGUCAAGUCCUCUAUCAAGAACCUGUUGCUCAGAGAUGCAUCCACAGUGAUCCCAGUGAUGGUCUAUUUGGAUCCUGUGGCCGUGGUGGCAGAAGGAGUUCCCUGGUGGGUCAUUCUGCUGGCUGUGCUGGCCGGGCUUCUGGUGCUGGCGCUGCUGGUUCUGCUCCUGUGGAAGAUGGGAUUCUUCAAGCGCGCAAAGCACCCCGAAGCUGCCGUGCCCCAGUACCACGCGGUGAAGAUCCCUCGGGAAGACCGGCAGCAGUUCAAGGAGGAGAAAACAGGCACCAUCCUGCGGAACAACUGGGGCAGCCCCCGGCGGGAGGGCCCUGACGCCCACCCUAUCUUGGCCGCUGACGGGCAUGCUGAGCUGGGCCCCAAUGCUCCUUCGGCACCAGCCACUGCCUAGUGUCCCCUGGCCUGGCCUGGCCUCUGGGUGUCCCUCUACUCCUCCCCCAUCCCCACUACCACUCCCGCUGCCCAGAAGUGGCUCCUUGAGGGCAAAGAGCUCAUGGGGUUGCUGGUGCCACACCAAGAGCUGGCAAGGGGAAUGAACCCUCCCCCCCAACAUUUUCCCUUUAGUGUGCUGUGAGAUGAGAGCAGAGGGGGUCCAUCAGGGAUUGGACUCUGGGCAGGGUAACCAGGGCUGGCAUGUCCCCAUGCAAAGGUGGGAGAAGGGAGCCCACUGUGAAUACCCCAGGUCCUGGCUCCCCAGAAGUGCCUUAGCCUGGAGGGUGGGGAGGGCCUUGUGUGACUAACUCAGGAGCUCUUCCCUUCUGCUCUCCCUCCCUCAUUCCUUUCCCCCUCUCUUAUUCCCUCCAUUGAUUGUAGUUUGUGCAUUAGUCUAGUGGGUUUUGUCUAUUUAUUAAAAAAAAUAUUUGAAGACAAAAUUUCUGGCUUCUUUACUGGAGUUUGGGUACCCUCAUCCCAGGGUCUUGGAUUCUGGCCCCUCUGCAGUGGGUAGGGGGUGGGGGCAAAGGUGAAGGUGGUAGGGAGAGGGAGGAGGGUCAGAUGACCUAGCAGGAGUAUAGGGACCAUGGCUGAGGGGUCUGGGAGGCUAAUGGUCACAUCCUCUGAGGCAGGGCGUUGGGGACAAGGGACAGGGGCAGGGAGCUGUUGGAUGGGGGUGUGGCUCUGAGAGAGUGGGAGAUCAGUGAUGGACACGACAGGGGGAAGCCGAUCUGCUCGCCAUGGGGG